GUGGCGGCAGUACCGACCGGCCGCAGAGCUUAUAUGAAAGUACGAAUAAAUGAGAUGAAUGAGUGGAGAGGAGGGGAAGAUCGCAGAGCGGAGGAGAGGUUAUGAGCCGAACUGCGACAAAUCGCUGAGGAAGGGAUCCAAGAGUGGAGGAGACAGAUAUACAACAAAGUCACAAGCUCGAGUCCAAAGGCGGAGGCCGGAAUUCUCGCCAUGGCUGACGUGUUGGACAGCAGCGGAGCCGGAGCUGUAGGGGCAGCCAGCGUGGACUGGCAGAAACGCUGCGUCGCUCUGGAGAUGCAGCUGCUGAGGUUUCGCCUGCAGGCGGGGAAAAUCCGAGAACUGCUGGCAGAAAAGAUGCAGGAAUUGGAACAGAGGGUGUCAGAAGCCGACCAGAGGGCUGAUAACGCUGAGAAACAGAUCCAGGUCAUGGAAGAGAAGCUGAAGUCUGCAAAUGUGCAAACUGGUGAAUCAGAGAACUUGCUGUACAAAAAGUAUCAAGACCUGACCAGUCAGGUUCAAGAGAAGGAUGCCGUAAUCAAGAGAUUAGAGAUCCAGCUGGAACAACAGAUGUUAGUCAGAGCCCAAGAGGCAAAAAUUAUUGAGGAGAAGGCUGCCAAGAUUAAAGACUGGGUCACCUUUAAGCUCAGAGAGAUGGAGCUGGAGAACCAGCAGCUAAAACUUGCAAAUGUGAAGCAGACAGAGCAGAUUGUGCUGCUGCAAGACAGACUACAAUCUCUCUUAGAGAAACCUGCAUCCUCUGGAUCUCCUGCUAUUUCUCCUGUUUUAGAUGCCCACCUGGUGCCCAACAGCCCACUGUUUCCUCCCAGCUGCCCCGGCACGCCACCAGCCCAGGAUGGCAGCUGGAGACAGACUGGUCUACGAGGGGCAGCCUCUAAUAUCAAGAGCCUGCCAACAGAUGUGAAAAGAACUCCAGAAUUGGUAACCAAAGGAAUUUGUCUUGGAGACCUUACAGCCUAUGAUGGUCAGAGCUGGAUCAGGGACGGACCCAGCAGCUUCAUUAGUGGGCAAGAGCUCAUAGAGGGCCCAGAGAGCAAAGCAGGGGGCUCUGACAGAGACAACUCCUCUGAUGAGCUUAGCAGCAAGUUCCGCUCUCAGUGCCUUCACUCAUCAUCUUCCUCUUCGUCUUCAUCCUCUGCAUAUGAGAUGGCACACAGACCAAGCUCUCCUGGGUUGACCAUGACGGUAGCACCCAAAAGCCCCCUCCUUUCCCUCUCGCCCUCCACCAACAACCCCUUUCCCAUUUCUCCUCAGUCUCUGGGCCAUCAGUCAGGCACCAGCAUGACGCUACCUAAGGUACGAACUCCGCUCACCCCCAGAGACAGCAUCCAGCUGCUCAAGAAGCAUUACAGCCAGCCGCAGCCUAGCCUGGACAGACUGCACCAACUCAACGUCAACAUAGACAUGACACCAUCCUCUGCCUCGUCCACCCUGAAGAGCACAGGCACUACCGCUUCACCGUUCUCUCAGUUUGUGGAAGAAACGGACAUUGAUGAUGGGCUCCUUGACUGCAUGGAUGGAGUGGUGGAGGGGACCGAAUCAGAGGAGCAGUCUCAGGAUGGUGUUUCAUUUGUGGGACUAGCAGAGGAGCCGGAGCAGCUGGAUCCAGAGGUGGUCAAGCCACCAACUCCUCCUUUGCAUCGCUUCCCCUCUUGGGAGAGUCGGAUCUAUGCUGUGGCAAAGUCAGGAAUGAGUGUGUCAGAGGAUGGGGCUGUAGCCAGGUGCCCUGGACGAGGCUCCACCCUACCCCAGUAUCCUGGAGCAGGUCCUUUCACACAGCUCAUCUAUAAGAACGUCAAUGUUCCAGUCUACACCACGCUGAAAGGAAAAGCCACUCAGAUCAGCAGCGUGCCUCUCCCCGAUGAUGACUCCAGCUCGGAGGAUGACAGCAGCUCUCUGGCCAGUUUGCGGACCUCCAUCCUGAGCCCAGAGAGGAAAAGCAGCGUUCCCGGGAGCCCACGUGCUGUGAAGAGAGGUGUGUCCAUGUCCUCCAUCAGCUCUGAGAGUGAUUAUGCGAUCCCACCUGAUGCUUACUCCCUGGACAGCGACUACUCUGAACCUGAACACAAAGUCCAGCGCACCUCCUCCUACUCCUGUGAGAGCAGCGGGCCUGAGACGCUGGAGAAGUCGGGGUACCUGUUGAAAAUGGGCAGUCAGGUGAAAGCAUGGAAACGUCGUUGGUUUGUCCUGAGAAACGGAGAGAUCCUCUACUACAAAUCUCCUAGUGAUGUAAUCAGAAAGCCUCAGGGUCAGAUUGAGCUGAACUCGUCCUGCUGCAUAAUACGUGGAGAGGGAGCACAAACUUUUCAACUGGUUACAGAGAAGAAGACCUUCUUUCUGACAGCUGACUCGCCCAACAUUCUGGAGGAGUGGAUCAGAGUUCUGCAGAACAUCCUGAAAGUACAGGCCAGCAGCCCCAUUGCUGUGGAGACGAGGGCAAAGCCCACUGUGAGAGGUUGGCUUACAAAGGUCAAACAUGGACACUCAAAGCUGGUGUGGUGUUCUUUGGUUGGAAAGGUUUUCUACUACUUUCGCAAUCAGGAGGACAAGCUUCCUCUGGGUCUGCUGCAGAUGAGGGAAGCAUCUGUGCAGGAGGUCGAUCGCUCCUGCGAUUCAGAUGAGGACUACGAGGCUGGGGAUCGGGGAUUCCUCUCUUCUCACUGCACUUUAGUGGUCCAACCCAAAGACCAGAGUCCGACUUACCUGCUCAUUGGCACCAAACAGGAGAAGGAUGCAUGGUUGUAUCACCUGACUGUAGCAGCUGGUAGCAGUGCAACAUUAAAAGUAGGCACAGAGUACGAGCAGCUCAUUGGUAAACUCAUGGAUGUGGAGGGAGACCCAGAGUCUGUGUUGUGGAAGAGCGAGGCCUUGAGCUUCUGUAAGGAGGGUCUGCACUCGCCUCUCACCACUUUGCCAUCUGAAGCUCUGCAAACCGAAGCUCUCAAACUCUUCAAGUCCUGUCAGCUAUUCAUCAAUGUUCUGGUUGAGUCUCCUUCUGUUGAUUACCACACAUCACUGGCACAGAAUGCUUUGCAAGUGUGUCUGACCCACCCGGAGCUCCAGAAUGAAAUGUACUGCCAGCUGAUGAAGCAGACCAACCACCGGACACCGCACAACUACUCCCUCACCCAGUGUUGGCAGCUGUUGUCGUUGUGUGUGGCGCUGUUCCUCCCACAGCAGCAUUUCCUUUGGUACCUCAAGCAGUAUCUUCAGCACAAUGCUGACCCCAGGACUGAGGUGGGGAAGUAUGCUGUAUACUGUCAGAGAUCUUUAGAGAGAACGCUACAGAAAGGAGAACGGGAAGCGAAACCUUCCCGGUUGGAGAUAGUGUCCAUCCUGCUGAGGAAUCCUUACCAUCAUUCACUGCCUUUCAGUAUCCCAGUUCACUUUAUGAACAACACUUAUCAGGUUGUAGGGUUUGAUGGCUCCACUACGGUGGAAGAGUUCUUAAACACACUGAACCAGCGGAUUGGCAUGAGGAAGCCACAGCUGACAGGGUUUGCUCUGUUUACUGAUGAUCCGUCUGGUAAAGACUUGGAGCACUGCCUGCAACCGUCUUCCAAGAUCUGUGAUGUCAUUUCCAAGUGGGAGCAGGCUCUGAAGGAACUGCAUCCUGGCAAAAAUGAAGGGACGCGGAUUGUUCGGCUAACCUAUAAAAACAGGCUGCGUUUCAGAUCUCAGGUCAAAGGAGAGACGGAGCGAGAGCGCCUCCUGCUGGUGUAUCAGGUCAAUGAUGAAGUUCAGCAAGGCCUCUUCCCUGUGAACAAAGAGCUGGCUCUGGAGGUGGCUGCACUUAUUGCACAGGUUGAACAUGGUGAUUUUGAGCGAUCAGGCGUUUCGUCUCCUACUGGCUCUCCUCAGUCUAAAUCUCAACUGAUUCUUUUGCAAGCCUUGGAGCGGUUCUAUCCAAAACAUUACAAACAAGAAUGCAAUACGGAGCAGCUGAGAGAUCUUACUGAGCGACUUGCCUCCAAGUGGUCGAUGCUUCAUGGGUGCAGUGUGUCCGAAUGUGUGAGAAUAUAUUUGACCGUCGCGCGGAAAUGGCCUCUGUUUGGGGCCAAGCUCUUCAAUGCAAAGCCUGUUCAUCCUUCUCCCGUUGGCCAGGGACAGGUUUGGCUGGCAGUCAGUGAGGACAGACUGUGUGUGCUGGACGGCACGAUGCACACCUUGUUCACAUACCCCUACCAUUCAGUGAUCACUUUUGGUGGUUGUUGUGAUGACUUUAUGGUGGUCACCAGCCAGCAGAGGGAGUCCGGAGUUGGGAAGAAGAAUGUAGAAAAGCUGGUGUUUGCAAUGGCUAAACCAAAGAUGCUGGACCUGACUCUGCUCAUGGCAAGCUACAUGAACCACUGGAACCCCACCAUCCCGUCGGCUUCACACCAGCCCCUCGGCCACUGGGAUGUGGACAGCCGGCACUUCCCUGCAAUGAACUACACUACCAAGGGCCCAACCCUACUCUAAGCAGCAGUAGAGAUGCUUCCUGACUGCAGUGACUGUUGGAGUGCACACAUCCUGGGUUUUUAUUCUUAUUGAACAGAAUAUUUUUGUUUCAAAUCUGAAACAAAAUCAUCAAAUCUGAUAUUAAAAGUAGCAGGAUGAGUCCUGUUAUGUAGUUUAUUUCUACUGGAGAGUUUUACACUCAGCUUUUCUUCUUUUUUCACUUAUUUUAUUUAUUUUGGAAAUUGGAGGUACUAUUUUUCAGACUGCUCAGAUUUCUGUCUAACUGUGUCACUGCAAUUAUUUACCAUAAAACACAUGGAUAUGACAAACAACAUUUUAUUUAAUGUAAGGUACUGCUUAAACAUAUAGGUCAAGUGGCAUGUGGUAUUAUAGUUAUUCUGGGUUUUAAUGCCCCCUUGAACUUGAUUUCACAUUAUCUCAUGUGACAACUCCAAGCUACAUGUAUGUUAUUGGGAUUUUAUGUUGUGGAACAACAGAAAGUAAUGCAUAAUUGUGAAAUCCUGAGCUUUGGACCUAAACCAAGCUGGCAUAUAACAGUGCCAUAACCAUGUCUAAGGAAAUCAGCUUGAUCGUACAGGUGAAGAAAUAAUUCAAUUUGUUAUUUUAAUGAUCUGAUGUUAAUCAUGUAAUUUAAAAAAGAAGUGUGUAGUGUUCCGGCUGUUUAACAUGGAGAUCAUUUUUAUUGUGUAUAAAGAAAUGUUGUUUUUCUAUUUUAUGAUGAAACACUAUACUUAUCAUUUUCUCAGUUUACUGGCUGUUCAAUUUGUUUCAGUUAAUAUUAACAGUAAAAAGCAACAUCAUCACUACUUUUCUGAUGUUUUUUAAGUUUACUUCCACUUACUAAUUGUCCUGGCAAACAAAAACACCUUUAAAAAUAUUUUUAAAUUGUUACUUUGGGAUCAAAUUGCAUAUUUGGUACAAUUACUUGCUUAAGAGUUGAAAUUAAAAGUUUAGGACUUGGACUUGACUUGGAUGUCAUGACUUGGGACUUGCAUGUAUUUACUUGAGACUUCACUCAAGACUUGGAAUGACAUAAGGCGUGACUUAGUCCCACCUCUGCUUUAAACUAAGAUAAGAUUGCGCACAGGUGGACUCUAUAUACUAAUUGUGGGACUUCUAAAGGCUCUGGAUUUUAUUUUGGGGUAUCAGAUUAAAGGAGGCUUAAUUAACAAAAUGUAAAUCCUGCUCUUCAGAUGCUUAUUUUGAAAUUAUUUUUAAGACCAUAUAUCAUUUUCCAUCUAGUACAUGACUAUGCACCACUUUAUGUUGGGUUACCACAUAAAUAUCCCAAUAAAAUACAUUGAAGUCUUUGAUUGUGGCGUGACACAAUGUGAAAAAGUUCAGAGGAUAUGAAUACUUUUGCAAGGUACUGUAAUAAUUUGUCUGAAAUACAUUAUAGCUGUCAUUUCUGUAACUGAGGUAUCAAAUAGUUUAUUGUAGAAUGAGGUAAUCGAUACAGUUUUUAAGCUUCUAAGGAGUAAAAACUGUCUUUUUAACAGGUUUCCAAUUUGUUUUCAUCUUCUAAGAAACUAAGGUUAAAUUGAACUUUUUAAAGUUGUUUUUUGAGUUUAUCAGCUUCUUGACAUAGCCAAAAGUAGUCCUUACAGAGUUAAGAUGGGCUGAUCAUGAGAGCUUACAAGGGUACAUAAUAAAUAAAGAAUGGGACAGAGAAAGUAGCCACCUACUCUGUAUAUGGAGCAUAACAUAAGACUUGUGAAGUUUUCCUGAGCUGCAGUGACCAACACUGCAACACUAACAAGACCACUUACUGUUUUAAUGACAGUUUGUACAACGAGCUAUCACACAUUGGAAAGACUUGAACUGCUAUGGAUAAACCACUGUUUCACUUGUGUUUUUAUUACUAAUUUAUUUGCUCUGUAACGAUUUGGGACUUUUGAAAGGUUAUCCUUAAUUACAAUGUUUUCAAUAGAAUACCUCUAUGUAGGCUUGCUGGGGGUAAUUUAAUUGCAAAGUAUGUCUUCUUUGUUUGACUUUGAUUGUUUUUUUAUGUUGCUUGCUCACAUGAGGUAAUAAACUAAAUGGUACGAUCCUUAAA